AUGGAGCAAGGGAACUGCCUGCCCCGGAACCUCGGCCUUGUGAAGGGCUUCUCCUCCAUUCGCCCGGAAGAGCAGAAGGAUAUGAAGCAGCGACAAGAGAUCCAGGGCCGCUACAUCGAGCUCUUUAGGAGGACGAACCUGCACAUUAUCCUAGGAUAUCGAAGACCCAUGCUGCUGGCCACCGAGCAGAGGUCGAGCCAGGCGGAAGUCGACGAAUAUAAGAGCAGGAUGGCGUCGCCGGAUGCCGCACAGGUGACACCAACUGGGGACAGGGAUGUGGUCACCAUUACUUUCGGCACCGGCGAGAUCAGCGGAGUCUUCAUGAAGGACCAUCUCUGCUUGGGCGGCAUUUGCACCCACGGGAACUUCAUUUCGGUGACUGAGGAGACGGAGCAGCCCUUCAGCCUCGUGCCCUUCGACGGGAUCUUCGGGUUGGGCCUGCCGCAGAUGUCCCAGGCACCCCAUUUCAAUGUCUUUGAUUGCAUGGUUCGGGACAAGGCGCUGAAGCGGAAUCUGUUCUCCGUGUUCUUGGCUGCGAAUGAUGACGAGGAGAGCGAAAUAUCUUUCGGCGAGUACAAAGCCAGCCGCAUGUCGGGCGAGCUCUUCUGGGUGCCCGUCUCCAACCCUGGCUACUGGCAGGUGGAGAUGGAAGAUGUGACCAUCGGCAAGGAGAUGCAGAACUUGUGCAAGGGCCACUGCCAGGUUGCGGUGGACACUGGGACUUCUUUGCUAGCUGGGCCUACGGAUGUCGUAGGCUUGGUCGAGGCAUGUGAGGAAGGAUGGCUCAGCCCGCCAGAUGUGGGCCCAGAUGUUUCGACCAAAGCUCGGAUGCUGGGCCUUCCUCACGCGCCCGCCCUGGAGCUACCCUGGCGUCGUGGCCGCAUGGCAGCCAACAUCGCUGCGCAGCCAAACUCUCGUUGGUCUCAGAAGACUUCGACGCAAGUGUUCGUCUCUCCGUCGCGCUUGGCUGCCGGAUUCGCAUUCCAGUGCCCAUGCAGCGCACAGCGCCUGCUCGAGCCGGUGUGCUCCUCUGUGCCAUUGCCAGCGAGUGAAGGCACCUUCCGCGCUGUGAUGCGAGGUCGUUUGGUGGAUCUUGGUGUCAUCUCCGGGGCAUGCCAGGUGUGGCGGACACGAAGCCGAGCGAGCCGUCGAGAAGAAGCUGACUUGCAGGAGCAGUGGGAGGAGUUCUAUGAGAGGGAUGAGCGCGAUGCUGCAGAGGGCUGGGCCAUCGAUGUGCUGGAGGAUGACACGUUGCUGAAGCAGAUCUUGAGUCCAUCGCCUCGGAAGACUCGAGUGGUUCGCCCGAUGCUUGGUGACGAAGUGCGUGUGCGCGUGUCUGGGCGCGUGGUGGACGGCGAGGACUUGGAGUCCAGGGAACUGGGCUUCCGCCUGGGCCAGAAGGAAUGCUUCCGCGGCCUGGAGGAAGCAGUCAUGAGCAUGAGCCAAGGGGAGCUUUCUCGCUUCUUCAUCGCGCCCGAGUUGGCCUACGGCGAGAAGGGCCAAGGCAAAGUACCUCCCUCUGCCACUCUGGAGUACGAGGUGGAACUGCUGAAGGUGGUGGACAUGGAUCCGGAUGUGGACGAGUUCGACGAAGACAUCGAGAUUCCAAAAGAUCUGGACAAGAUGGGGAAGAACGACCUCGGCGAAGGUGGCAGUGAUCCGAAUGGCCGAUACUACUGGGAGAGGCAUGGGCAGGACAUGCUGGUCAUGCUCCCAAUCCAGGACACGCAUGACAGCAAAGAUGUUGACUGCUUGCUGUUGAAGAACCACAUCGCAGCCAAGGUGGGAGAUGAGGUGAUCUUUGAUGGCGAGCCUGGGCUUUUGGUGGAUGAGGAUGAGAGUUACUGGGAGAUCGAGCAGAGGAACGGCAAGAGGUGCGUGUGCAUCCAUCUGCGAAAGGAUCAUGAGUUCCAGCGAUGGCCUCAGACGCUGCUGAAGGAGUCAACUUCAGACAUGGCCCUCGGAAUCAACGCUGGAGGCCCAUGUCCAUCCUGA